ACCCCUGAUGGUAAAACCAGGAAGAAAAGGGGACGCGCUAAACAACAGUCCUCUGUCGGAAUGCGCCGCUGCUCGCUGUGGAGGGAGAGUGUGAAGUUAUGGCUUUAACAUGGCCGAUACAGGUCCUUUCUUAACUUCGUGCAUCAUUUUCUACCUCUCGAUCGGUGCCGCGAUUUUUCAGAUUUUCGAGGAGCCAAAUUGGAAAGAGGCUAGAGACAAAUACAUUGAGCAGAAGGAAAACAUCUUGAGGAGUAGCAACGUCACAAAGGAAACCCUAGAUGAGAUACUGAAGAUAGCGUCAGAGGCCGCCGGCCAAGGUGUGGCUAUUACGGGGGACAAUCACCGCAACACGUGGGACUGGAGCAAUUCUGUUAUCUUUGCUGCCACCAUCGUCACUACUAUAGGUUACGGUAAUGUUGCUCCCAAGACCAAAGCUGGCCGUGUGUUUUGUAUCCUGUAUGGCCUGUGCGGGAUCCCUCUCUGCCUGGUGUGGAUAAGCACACUGGGGUCUUUCUUUGGAGACCGGGCUAAACGACUAUCUGGGAUUCUGAUAGAAAAGGGUGUUUCAGUGAAAAACGUCCAGCUCACAUGCACGGCCUUGUUCCUCCUAUGGGGCUUGCUGGUGCACUUGGUGAUCCCUCCGCUUGUUUUCAUGUAUGUGGAAGGAUGGAGCUAUCUAGAAGGGAUUUACUUCUCCUUCAUCACGCUAACAACAGUUGGCUUUGGAGAUUAUGUGGCAGGCGUAAAUCCUGACAUCGAAUACCCAAGACUCUACAGGAUAAUGGCAGAGCUAUGGAUGUACAUGGGACUGGCCUGGCUGUCUUUGUUCUUCAGCUGGAACGUCCACAUGGUUGUGGAAGCGCACAAAGUGCUGAAGAAGAAACGGCACCAUAGGCACAGGAACAGACCCUUGUACAUGGAGCCAGACUCCGAGGAGGAGAAGCAGAAACUAGAGGCGAGGCCGACUGUCGUUGACAUCUUCAACUUCCUUUCUGAGAAGGACGAAGACUACAGCACGGUCAUCAAAGAGAUCGGGAUUAAUGCGAGGAGAAGGAAACCACAGCCAAUACAGAUUAUAAGCCGCUCCAAGAGCUGCAGUGACAUACUGGCCAACAGCAUCCAGACCUUGGAGCACUCACCGCGGCACAAGAGACACAUCAGUUUAAGCGAGGUGUUUGCAAAUGCAAUGGUGGACGAAAGCAAACAAGAGGAAGAGGAAAACAUCAAGAGACCCACAUCAGAAACGUGUGAAAUAACAGUCCAUGAGGAAAAUAAAAAUCACGGUUCCUCUGAAUCAGUAACUGAUGGGAUCAAAUUCACGGCACCAGACAGAGAUACUGCAGAAGAAGAGAAAGUGCAGCAUCCUGAUGGUGGGGAGACUCGAUUUACGAUAUCUAAGGUGGCAGAAAAUGACAGUAUUUGUUUAGAUGAAAAAGGAUGAUACAUGCUCCCUGGCGAAACAGAAACAAUAUUUUCAGUUGUAUUUGAUGGUGAGGUCACAAAUACUUAUGGGAAGUUUGGCUGUUUUCAGAGAGCCGGCUCUUGUGUGUCUCCCAAAAGAUUUUUUUUUCCAUCUGUAGCCUCCUAUUUUAGCUUAAACUUGGCAAAUCAGAAUAUUUUACAUGUUUAGAAAUCUUUUUGCAUUCAAUGUUUAGAUGGUUAGAAAAACAUCUUAAAACUUGCUCAGUUGCAUAUAAUCAAUGUCAGCAUUGAUUUUAUGCAACGAUUUAUGUAUUUCAAGAUUGUUUAACAUUUAUUUCGUAAUGCUAUUUUGUGGUUUUAUUGCUGUAUUUAUUAUGUGCUUUAACAUCAACUUGUCAACAAGACCAGAGAUGGAAGUUAGUGACUAUAAUCGCAUGUAUUGUAAAUGUUCAUUAAUACGUAUUGUCCAAUUUUUAAAAUAAACUUGAAUUUAUGAUGGCCUUAUAUUGCCAAAUUUCAUAUAGUUGUUGUUUUGUUGUGAAAGCAGGUACACUGAGUAAUAUUUUAAUUAAGCUUUAGAUUUUUUUAUUUAACACAAAAAAUGAACAAAGCAAACAAAUUUACUAAAAAGAACCAUUGUAACAAUUUAUUAGAUUAUGUUAUAUCUUUGAAAUGAAAUGGAAACUGAGUUGGGAAGAGCCAUGAUGGCUAAUAAAUGGUAACUGGCCAAACCCACUUUAUCCAGCCCAGAGGAUUUGACAAAGUGCAAUUUAAAAUAUAUUGCUUAAAAUAAGAGACAUAAUAACCUGGCCCUGAUAAGAGCCUUUUCAGUAAAUGUGCUUUCUCUGUUGAUUUUGGUAGGUAUGAAAACAAUAAAUGAUUAUAAAAUUG